CCAAGGCCCCAACCCGCCGCAUCGUCCCCUCCCUCUCUUCCCCAGAGCCCGCUUGGCCCCCACCAUCACGCUCUUUGCUUCCCCUCGCUAGCCUCCGGGUGCCACGCCUCCCUCCUCCUCGCCCCUCUACCUCGCCUCGUCACCAUGGUCGAGUCGAUGGAGAUGUCGCCGAUGUCCGGGCGGACGGCCGCCUCCUCGGCGGCUACCAUGCCGAUGGCCGCCGGCUCGCCGCCUCUCGGUGGCGGCACCUCCCCUCCCCGUCGAGUUCAACACUCGGCCGGGGCCAUCCGCCGAUCACAGCUGAACGCCCUCUUUCGUAAGACGGCCACACACCAGCGCUACCAAAUGUUCACGAACAUUUGCUGUGUCCUGGCCUGCCCAUUGGUGCUGGUGGCCAUCUGCGGCAUCCUGGCCAUUGUGAUUGAUCUGCUGGUCGGCGACCUCUUCCAGGCGGUCGGGGUGCAGUACUGCUCCGGCUCGCCGGAAGUCAUGAUCCCCGGCACAUACCGGAGCUACCUGCCGAAGGCGGACCUGUCCAAUGGGGCCGUCGGCGUCGAUCCGGAUGGCGAGCUGCGCGUCCUCCUCGGCCAUGGCAAGUCCUCCUCCUAUGAGGGACGUGCGUGCAUGCACUUCUUCUCGACCCAUGUCUAUGGCACCCAGAUGAGCGACCCCUUCAGCGGACCAGUGACCCCCUCCUGCCGGGGCGCCCCUCGCGCGGAGUUCUGCCCAUUCCCGGCAUUCACGCCCUUCCCCCCGACGGAGCUCGACUGGUUCCCCGACCCACCGGUUGGGAAUGAGGACUUCCCCAGCCUGGCUUUCCGGUACUUUGUGUCCGACAACGACCGGACCUGGGGCUACUUGGCCACGAACAUCCCCACCACGCUGGACGUCGGCGGCGGCAUCACCGUGCCCGGUGUGGGCGCUCUGCCGCCCCUGACGAGCCCCAUCUCUCGCGAGAUGAUUCCCACCAAUCCGCUCGAGCCGCGAGAUGUGAAUGAGGGCAUCGAGCAGGGCCUGUUGGGCGAGCUCCCGCGCGGGUUCACCAUUGUCCCGGAUGCCGCGGAGCAGUACAUCGCCGACCCGGCCUCCCCCCUCAGCGCUCCGGAUAACCCUCUCCUCCUGCGGUAUCCCUACUUCGAGCAGCUGACCCCGGCCUCCUCGGCCACGGAGGAUCUCCUGGCCGCGGUGGAUAAGGAGACCUUCGACCGGGUUCAGGCCGCCAUCAAGCAUCUCCAGGCUCAGCACCUCCUUCUGUCGCUGCCGCACGUCUCCACCCCGGGCCUCAUGGAGCAAACUCUCGAGGCUCAGAUCGCCCUGGCGGCGGUUCCCCGCGCGUCCAUGACUCUGCACUCAAUGUCGGCCGGUGUGGAUCCCACCCAUCGGUCUGACCCCACCAGCAGUCUGCUGAAUGUCACCUUCCAUGUGGGCUUCGACCAGCAGCUUCAGGGCCUCAGUGAGCUGGCUCCCACGCGUGGGCUGUCCACCUUCCUGAAGGAUCAGCCUGGCGUGGCGCCCCUGCCGUCGGCCCUGUUCAGCCUGCUCCGGGCGCAAACCGGCCUCACCCAGGCGCUCAUUAGCCUGCGCUCCCGGGCGGCCGGGUUCCUGCAGUUUGACCUGGGCCAGGCCCUGCGUCAGUGGCCAUCCAACGGGACCAGUGGCUUCUUCUUCAACACCCGGGCCCUCUUCGGCAAUGCGCUCUACCCGUUUGGCAUUUCCUUCCUCCUGCCGGUGUUCGUGGUGUCCCUGGUCCGGGACAAGGAGCAGCGCGUGCUCAUCAUGAUGCGCAUGAAUGGCCUGUCCGACUCCUACUACUAUGCCAUGGAGUACUUGCAUUUCUAUGUGCUGUACACCAUCAGCACCGUGGUGUUCAUUGUCACCGGUGUGGCCUUCGGCUUGGAGUUCUUCACCCGCACCGGGGCCGGGGUGUACCUGGCCCUCUUUUUCCUCUGGGGCCACAUCCUGGUGGCCAUGGCGCUCUUCCUGUCGGCGCUCUUCAUGCGUGCUCGCACGGCCCAGAUUGUCACCUUCCUGGUGGUGCUUCUGUCGAUCAUCGUCAACAACGGCCUGACCUUCAUGUUCACCGGCCAGGACCGGCCGGCGGGCAUCAACAUCUUCCCGCCCUUCGCCUUCUAUGGGGCUCUGAUUACCAUCAACAACCAGGCGUCCGAUUUGUCCCUUCGGGCGUAUGCGGUGGCCGACCUGGUCCCGGGCGAUCCGGUGUUCACGAGCCUCAUGUUCAUGCUGGCGGAGAUCAUCGUCCUGCUGCUGGUGAGCUUCUACCUCAUCCUGGUCCUGCCGUCGGAGUUCGGUCUCCAGCUCCCGUGGCACUUCCCGGCCAGUCGGACGUAUGCGGCCAUCCAGCGGUUUAUCGCGCGCCGCCGCCGCGCCGGCAACGACAGCAUCAGUCACUACAUGUCGGAUGCCGAGGAUCUGGCCGAUGAUCAGGACCACUUCGAUCAGGGCCCGGCUUCGGCCGAUGAAUUCCUGCAUGCGGCGGAUGCCGUGGCGGGCGACACCACGACCGGCCCCAUGCGGUGGGAUAUCCCCGGCGAGGUCGGCGACGCGGCUGUGCAGCAGGAGCGCCGGCGUAUCUAUACCGGCCGGCAUUCGCCCAACUCGCCGCUGGUUCUGCGCGGCGUCAAGAAGGACUUCGCCGGCGGCAAGCGCGCCGUACGCUCCGUGAGCUUCAGCCCGGAGCGUGACCAAAUUUUCGGCCUCCUCGGACCGAAUGGCGCUGGCAAGACGACCCUCAUUUCGCUGGUCACCGGGCUGCGGCCGCCUUCCGGCGGUCGGAUCCGCGUGGCCGGGCAUCUCCUGUCCUCCGGCACCCUGGACUCCAUCUACCGGUCGAUUGGCGUUUGCCCACAGUAUGACAUCCUCUGGAAUGACCUUCCGGUGGAGGAUCAUCUGUAUUUCUAUGUCCGGCUCAAGGGGUCGAGCUUGCACUUGCCGCGGUCCAAGCGGGCCGCGGCCGAUCGCCAAGCCGUCAGUGAGCUGCUGGCCGCCGUCGGCCUCGAGCGCUACCGCUUCACCGCGGCCGGCUCCCUGUCGGGUGGCGAGCGCCGACGCCUGUCGAUUGCGAUUGCCCUGGCCGGUGACCCGGAGGUCAUCUUCCUGGAUGAGCCGACCACCGGUCUCGAUCCCGAGGUUCGGCGUCUCAUUUGGACCAUUAUCCAGGCUCAGCGCGUCGGCCGGACGAUGGUCCUGACGACACACUCCAUGGAAGAGGCCGAGGUCCUCUGCCAGAACAUCGGCAUCAUGGUCCGCGGCUCACUGCGCGUCAUCGGUACCCCCCUGGAGCUGAAGUCUCGCUAUGGUAGCGGCGUGCGCAUGUCCGUGAGCGUGGUCCCCGGACGCGCGGCCGAGGCGGCCUCCUUCGUGUGUUCGCUGAUCCCGCGCGAGUGCGACCCGCGGGUCAUUGAGCCGGCCGGCAUCGAGGAUAUCGCCGACCUGAAGACCAUCUCCACCAAUCGCCUGAGCAUCGAAUUCACAGCCAAACUGGGGCUCAUCGCCCGGCUGUUCGAGAAUCUCGGCGGCUCCAAGCACGGCCUCACCCCGGCCGAGAUGUCCCAGCAGCUGGCCCAGCGCCAUGGCGUCGUCGACUGGGGCAUCUCCCAGACCUCCCUGGAGGAGGUUUUCCUGACCAUCGUCGGUGAUGAGGGCGCCGCCGCGGACUGAUUUCCCUCGGGCAAUACUUGCUGCCUACCCUCGCUUGCCUCGCCCUCUCUCCCUCUCCCCCUCUGCCCCUCUCCUUCCUGACGUACGCGGGGGUUUGCGCUGCCAAUACACCGUCCGUCCUUGAGAACCA